UCACUGAAGACUUGGUUAGAAGAGGAGUGGAAAAAGAACGCGAAGGGCGAGAGGAGAGUGUUGUUUCACGGGGGAGAGAUUUGGUCGGACGGGUGGAGAGAGAUUAAGAGGUUUUUUGGGAUGACGAAGGUGAGGAUUAAUGGGAAGGUGAAGAAACUAUCCACGGCCAAGGGGGAACUACAACGGGGAGCGACGGUGGUUUUCAUCGGGAUUACAAAGACGACGACGACUACGGCUACGUACAUGCAGGAAUUGCGAUGGAUGCUAAAGAAACCGAUAUUGUUCAAGAACUUGGUGAGCUGCACCACGAAUCAGCUGGUGAGAAUGUACCGGGCUGCGGGGUACUUCAGGGAGAAGAAGACAAAAAAUGAUUUGAGGCUGAAGAUCGAUAGGGCCGUGAAGAAAAAGACUGGAGUGGGGAUACGGAAGAGGAUACAAGUGAAGGUCACGUACGAUAGACAGAUAGUAAAAAGAAAGGUAAGACAGGCUACUGAAGGAGUGGUGGGAGGGAAGGUGAAGGAUGGAGCCGUCGCAAACCAGAUUAAAGGAAGGAUACGUGUUACAUGGAAACGGAACAGGACAGUGGGAGAGAUCUUGCAUAAUCAUAGGAGGCAUGCGCACGUCGAGGAACAACUUUGCACGUGCAGAGCGGCCGGGCUUCCGACCAUAGAUGGACACGUACACACACGGUUCUCAGAGUUGGGGGAUGUACCAGGUCUUAUGAAGAACGGCAGAAAUGUGACAUGCAGCUCGAAGGGAUGCGCUGAUCAGGAUAUCGUGCAAGCUAUUGUCGAGGGAACGAGCCACUUGGGAGGGAGAAUGGAGGAUGUGAAUAUACCAGCCGGCGGUUUCAUGAGCAAGGAAGUGGCAGGGCUACAUGGCCAGGACACGUGGGAUGAGGAACAGGUGAUGAAAUGGGGUAAGAGAUUUGAAGGGCUUGUACUCGCCCCGGUGGAUCAUAAUCAGGGCGAUACGGCAGUUAUCUGCCUGGUUAUUUAUCGGCAUGCCUUUGGAAAGACCUUCGUGUGGAACAGCAACUAUGAAGACGCACGGGAGAAAGAACAGGACAUCCUGGAGAGGGAAAGGAAGGACUUUGAGCAAGCCAGCCUGAAUAAGAUUGCAGCGUGGAAGAGAGACGGGCGGAUUGGGAGGGCAUAUGUCAUUCCGAAAGAUAAGGAUCUCGGCCGAUGGAGACCGAUAGCACCGGCCACGGGCGAUCCGGCGGGAGCGGCACAGCGAAAGGUGGCCAAGGCGCUGCAUUACAUGAUGAAGCUGUUCCCGAAAAAACAUACUUUUUACCUCCAUUCCAUUCAGGAGUUGCCGAAAAAACUAGAGACGGUGCAACAGAGAUUGACGGAGAAUGGGUGUACGCGAGUGGAGGGACGAUGUUACGAUAUAAAGGACAUGUUUACGAAGAUACCGCAUGAUGCGGUUCGGCGAUCAGUUUGGCAGUUACUCUUAUGGUAUGCCAACAAAGGGUGGAGGCAGGUUAAGGUGUCUAGGAGAGGAAAGAUGUGUACUUUGAGCAAGACUUGCAGAGCGACGGAUGGCUACGUGGGGAUCCGCUUCGAGAGCAUGUUUGCGAUGGUUGAGUACGAUCUCAACAAUGCGUAUGUGAAAUGUGGGCAAGUGGUGAGGAGGCAGAUCUCCGGAAUCCCCAUGGGGAAAUGUACUAGCCCGAUCCUGGCUACGAUUACUUGUGCCAUGGCAGAGUUCAAUAUGCUAAAAGGGCUGGGCUCGGAUCGGAAGUUGGUCGAGGGAUGGAGGAUCGUCGAUGACAUCACGGUGGUGGUGGGCAGGAAGGAGGCAGAAAGGGGGCCGAAUGAAGGUGUUUUUGAGAAGCUGGAGACCAGCUAUGAUGGAAAUCUGACUUUGGUCAGAAAGGAUGGAGGGAAAGAUUGGUGGCAUUUUCUGGGCGGAUCGUUCUACCUGCAGCAACAACCCGUGAGACUGACGUUCGUCCCAGGAACGAAGAACAUGGUGGCACUACGGGAGACAGCCAGCAUCAGAUAUCAGACGAUGCAGGACUAUGCAUCGUAUUCAGAAAAGAGGUUGAAGAAGUCAACCCUGGCAGCUACCAUGAAGCGAUUGUGGUGCUCGACAUCAUGCCAAGUCUUGGUCAUUGGCUCCAUAGCCUAUACUAUGUGGGAGACAUACCUCCGGGGCUAUGCCCCGAAGGUCUCUCUAGGUGCCUUGGCCAAGUUGGUCGAAGCUACGGGUGAUUCGAAUCUGCGAUGUCUGCUGCAGAUGUUUAGCAUGGGGUUCCUGUGGAAAGUGCGGGGGGUGACGGGUAACAGGGGUCCGGGGAAACGAGGACAGCGGGUAUGGGUAGGUGGGAAUGAAUAACGGGUACCAGGGUAGGUAGAGACGGUGAUCGCGAAUAGGGGCAAAUACUGGCAAUAGGAAAAG